CAUAAGCAUGUUGCACAUGCUUUUUGCUUGCUCUCCAAAAGAUUUCUUAUUUGUCUGUAUUUACUUUGUUAUAUCAAUUUGUGUUGUUACCAGUAAUUUAUAUAUGUCUUCUGGAUACCACUAGUCGAAUUGCAUUCGGUAGUUAGGUGAUUUCACACCAUAUUUUGAUGACAACAUUUUUUCUGGAUUCAUGUGUAGUAGUACCUAAGAAGCCAUUUUCACUGUACAUCUCUAUGUAAGUAAAAGUACCCUGGUACUCUAUUAUGUAAUGUAUGCCUAUUAUGUAUUGUAUGCCUGGACGAACAUGAAUCACUGGAUUCACUAGCAAGCACAAUGGGACCGUUUCAACUUGGACUUUUGUUCACACUCUGCCUGUAUGCUAAUUUGGAUAGGAAUGUGUACUGCAGUGAGCAAUCUUUCAUUAAACUCUCUAUUAAUGAAAACUUCACCAGAAAACACUAUCUUAAAAGGAGGAUUCCAUACAACCCCAAUAGUACAGCAUCUUUUCAACUAGAGCUACUACAUGCGGGUGAUGUACAUCCCAACCCCGGACCAGAUCAGGAUCAAGAUGGCACUGUACCAUCUUUUUGCAUUCAUCGUGACCCUCCCCUUCAGCGUAGAAUUCACUACUCUCCAGAGGAUCUGUUACAGUGGAGAUAUGCAAAGCUUCGACUGUCGUCCGACGUUCGUGAUGUCAUCCAUUCUUUCGGAAUUCAACGAAGAAAGACAAGGAGAGGUAGGCGCGGCAACCGCAGAAGAAACUGUCUCCGACAAUCAAAAGUGUCAAGAUCAUCAUCAUCAUCUACUAUCCCGAUCUGCAUUCAACCAGGAAACUCUCGCUCAAUCAGUUUAGUCGUAGUAUAUCGACCUGAAUCUGAUGAUCAUGGGCGUCAUCUACCCUUCAGUGUCUUCAUGGAGGAGUUUGGUGAAAUGUUGGACAGUUAUCUUCUCCACCCAUCAGAGAUCUUACUCGUGGGUGACUAUAAUAUAUGGGUUGACGUCCAGGAUGAUUCAAAGGCCAGACAGUUUCUGAACCUACUAUCGACAUAUGGGAUGAAACAGCAUGUCCGUGAACCGACCCACGACCACGGACAUACACUUGACUUAUUGAUCACACGUGAACAUGAAAAUGUUAUAUCAAAUGUACUAGUGCAACCUGGUCUCUCAGAUCAUUUUGCUAUCAUGUGCAAAGUGCCUCAGACGGAGACUGGAGCGUCGCUGGAGAACCACUAA